AUGACCGCCCGGCGGCCGCGGCCCUCCGGCCGACUAGCCCCUGCGAGGUCCGGAUGUGCCUUUCCCCGCUGUCGCCAAUCCCAUCUGGAGAAGGAAGAGGCGGCGGCCGGCCGGAGCCCGAGCGGGCCCGGGUGUGGGUCGGGGCGAGAGAGAGCGCAGCGGGGCCAGGCUGGGCCAGUCAGCGCCGCGCCAUGUCCGCAGCGCGGGCGGAGGGAAGCGCAGGGCGCGCUGUGGCCGGGCGGCGGCGCCGCCUUCCUGGCCAGGCGGCUGCGGCCUCGGCGGCGCUGGGCUCCGGGAGCGGGGCUGGCCGCGGCGUGCAGGCCGAGGGCGGCGGCGGCUGGCGGCCCGACCGACGGGAAGGGCAGGGGAAGCUGUCAGCGCGUCGCCGGGCCGCUCCGGUGGCGAAACCUCCUCUUCCUGCCCCGGCUCGCUGGUGCACUUCUCUCUCUUUCUCUGUCGCUCACUCUCUCACUUCCUGGCUGGAAAUUCCCACUGACGUCGAGAGAGCAUACAGACAGACGGACACACGCGCGCACGCAGCGGGGGCGGGAGGUGGGGUCGCUGGCGGGGGUGGGGGAAGCCCGCAUUUAUGGGGGCGCCUUGCGCCCCCGGCCUAGCCUCGCUUCUGGGCUCGGCUCCCGCCCCUCGGGGCCGCUUCGGGGCGCCGGGCGAGGGGCGCGCGUUAGGCGGCCAGGACGCCCCUGUCCCCUGCAGGGCUCUGGCUUCCCAGCUGGGCGCUCCCGAACCCCGAGGGCUGGAGCCGGUAGGGACGCCCCCAGGAAGCGCCUGCCGGGCCCAAUAGUCCGGGAACGCAGGCGGCGCGGAGGCGGCGGCGGUGCAGCUGAUAGAGUCAGGCGGUCCAGAGACCCUAAGGGCAGGCCCGAGCAGCUGGAGGGUCGGCAUGGAUCCAAGCAUGCCAGAUAUAAAAAUAAAGCUCAUCUGUAUAUUCCAUUUAAGUGUGUUUCAGUUACACUGAAAUCUCUUCGCAGAUUAAACUAGAAUUUAGAUAACCGACUUGUGUCCAGUGAAGUAACCUCUACUGGUUUUGGUGCAGUCUUAAAUCUCCUGGUUAUGGGACACUUACUCAGAACAUUCAUCUACAGGAUAUUGUUAGGCCUUUAUGAUAAUUACUGUGGAUAGAAUUAUAGUGAUGGUGGUAGGAAUGUAUUUGGUUCACAGCGCAUAAAAUACUGAUCUGGCAGAGGGGAGUUUUCUUUUUCUCGGAAGAGACCACUACUGGCACCCACAGACAGGCCUCCCAUUGGCCACCACCAUUCACUGGCAUCUGAACUGCUUUAGUGUUGGGCACUGUACUAGGCACAGGCUGGGGAUAACUUGGUGCUGGACUACCUCCCCACAUAAGACAUCUUGAGCCGAAAUAGAUUCUUUAGAGCUCAUUGUUUAACUACUGGGUGGAGUGACAACUGAAAGCUCAGCUUUAAAACAUCAGUAACCAGGUCCACACCAGGCAAGGUCGCAGUGGCAUUUAGAUUGCUUAUGGCAUGUUCAUCCUAGUCCCUUUCAUGCCCACUUUCUGUCCUCCUUCUCCACGAGGUCAUAAGAACCUUCUUGGUGCAGUGUUUUUCUGUAAAAUAAAAAAAAAAAAAAAAAAACACAAACAACAAACAAAAACAAAGAUCCAUUUGAUUGCCUAUGAGGUGAGCCUCGGAGGUGACCUUGAAACCACCCAGCAGUCGACCUUUAAGAGAUAUCAUUUAGCUCCCAGAGGCCGAGCAGGUGGGAUUCAGAGGAUUCAUAGAAUGAACACAAUGACUUUUAGAGAAAUUCUGUGGGCCAGGCACGAUGGUUUACAUCUGUAAUCCCAGCA